AUGCCUCGCGCAUCGUCCUCUACAUCCACCGCAUCCGCCUCAUCUUCCUCAUCCUCACAUAGAUCAAGGAGACGCUCGCUCAUCCGAGAACAGCUCUUGAAGGGCCUUGAAAUCCUCGGGCCACAUAGCCAUCCACUACCUUCCGAGCUCCCACCCUCCCCUCCCGUGUCCCGCGAGUCCUCUCCCGCCCUCCCCACAAAGCGGCGACACGAGCCAGACUCUGAACCACUUCACACCAAGAAGCCUCGCACGUCCUCUUCCUCCUCAUCGUCACGACCCCAACCACCGUCUCGCGCAGUCCCCAUACCCAGGCACGAACCCUCCGAGGAUGGCGAAGUCAAAGAAGAACCUCCGGAAACUCAGGGCUUCGCUCCCAUCACUUUCCCGAGUAAUUUCCCGGUACGCCGACCGAGGCGUGGUAUCCUUGCCGUCGCCGAGUGGGAUAGCAUCUACGAGAAGUGCUUCGUGAACGGGCGUAUGCUCAAGUAUUCGGCAUACGCGCGAGUGGCUGCGGCGCAUCCCACAACGUCCAAGGACUAUAAGGCGCUGCGAGUGUCAUUAAACCCGACUUCGUCCUACGCGAAACACAGCCUGCUCAUGGCGCGUCUCGAGCUCGUCGACUCGUUACUUCACUUCGUAUACGGGCUCUGGGGCAAAGAGAAUGCCGUACGGAUGUGUUACAGGGCCUCCUGGAGGACAGUCGAAGAGGCCAUCCACAGGACGGAGGCGAAGUGGCAGGCGGAAGGUCGUGAUGAGCGUGAGAAGGCGUUUCUUGGACUGAUUCAAAUGCUGCAUGCAUUCAUACACGGGCGUAAAUUGCGGCACCACAUGAAUCAGGUGGACUCUGCCAACGACAACAAGCUGUCCCGGCUAAAGCUGAAAUGGGAGAUGGAGCAAAAGAAGGAAGCUGAAGCGAAAGCCCAGGCUCAGGCUCAAUCUAUACCUCCAACCGCUGGCCCUAACAUGCUUCCAUCACCCGCGAGCAGCUCAACCACGGGCAGUUCCAACUCGACGCCACUCGGCGGGCACGGUGCGUCCUCGGCGAGCCCAUCCAUUACCCGGGCAACGCGAGGCGGUACCGCGCCCGGCAAGGAGAUCUUGACUCUCCCUCCACCACACGUCACUUACGACGUGAACGCGCAGUUCAUCUGGGAGAACAAGUCGCAGAGUGGCGGUCUCCGAGCGGCCCUCGAUCGCAUCCACUCGUCGCAGAGCACCCUCAAUCUUCCCGUCAUGGCUAGGCACUUCCCGCGGACCUUCGCGCGGAUGAUCAACACGUCGCUCACACCCUCCGACGAACACGAGCCGGACUUCCAGGACGACGAAUGCGAGCUCUAUUGGCCCGGGCAGGUUAUCACAGGCGAUGGCCUUGGCUGGGUAUGUCUUAUGGGCAUGUCCAUGGUCAAGGAGUUUGGCAGGGACUAUGGAUACCAGGGCGUCGAUGGGGUCAUACCAAGGAUGGCUGGAGACGAGAACCUCGGGCACGCCGAUCCGCGCUUCACCAAAUAGGCGAAGCGUCCGAUGCCCCCAGUUCCUGGCCCGUCCUAUACGGCAUCCAUUCAACAUGGGCAUCGGGUGUCCCGCAACGCGCAUGGUACUGAAGACCUUUUGGCGUCGUCGACGUCAACCUUCAACACCGUACAAUGCCCAUCGGAUCUCCCGCUCUGCACGCCGAUCAAACGCCGACUUGAACGAUGCAGCGCCCUCCCCGCGCCUUGUGGCGAUAACCGCCCUCAUUGUAUCGCUAUAGAACGUCGAUGGCGGCUCGUCAGACGCUCUCUACAUGAUAGAGCCCCGCCGCAACAAGCCUCGCCUCAGGAUGCCCUGUUCGUCCCCGACCCUUCGCUGUAUCGUCUAACUGCUUGCGUGCCCUCGCCCCUAACCGCGUGUAUCCUAUGGCUCUGCUCCUCUGGCCAACAUCUCGAUCCUCUACUCCCUGUCGUCGCAUCGUAUCCCUGUGUUCUGUACUCGUACUUGUACUAUCAUGUCUUCCUGCUGUCAUCUGCCAUCAAAAGCACGCAACAUCCCGCCGCUUGCCCGACGUCGUCCGGCGUCGGUCGCGAAGGCAGGCACCGGCCUCAUCAUCAUCCAUCCGUCUAUCUCGCUUCCUCUCCCUCACGUCAACUCAACGCACAUCGUCGUUUCUGUCUCCGCCACCUUGCCUCAUCUCUCGCAGGACUCCGCGUUCAGCUCUCGGUGUUAUUGAAUCGGAUCGGUCGGAAUCGGUGCCCCAUAACCAUCAUCGCCCCUAUAUCAUCAUCUCUCUUGCUUCACGUCGGGCGCCCUUGGCUUGGCUCACAUUUGUUUUUGUUGUCGUUAUCGCUUGCAUUUCAUGAUCUCUCGUCGUUCUAGCAUACCUGCAUUUAUUCCUAAUUUUCUGAUUUCUUACAUUCCGUUGGAGCACUCCAUCCCGCCCUCUGUGUCACGCGCCUCGGCCCCCCACCUCUUACGCGUAACGCCCCACGCGGGGCAGGUUUCGCCUGCCUCCGGCGUGCCUAUCGCGUCUCAGCGGCGAUACGGCGGACGUGAUAGGAGGUCACACCACUGCGGCUGCCCUACGGCCGUCAUACCUCACUUGUCCCAAAUGGCCACGGUGGGGCACGUCUACAGGGAGGCGUAUUCGCUCAGGGGUGUCGCGUUUUGUAUACCGCGGAUCGUCCGGACAUCCGGAUCGAUAUAUCCCUACCCUUGCCCCAAGAUCCCAGUCUUGUUUUCCGUUUUUGCGCCACUACCUUCGUAGAGGCCACAUCUAUACUUUCCUGUCGCUGCCCACCCCGUUGUAUUGCUAUCGUUGGUUGGGGCCUUGGACGCGCUUGCACAUACUGUGUCCCUCUGGGUUCGCUUGUUCUAUUUAACGUCGUGUAGUGGACUCGGAAUGCCGCAUCUCGGGCUGGGGUCUCCUCGGAUAUACCUAGGCCUUCGGC